AUGGAAAAAAAUGAAUAUGCACUCGAUUAUAUUCUUCAAGCAGAAUAUAAUCUUCUUCGAAAACAAUUUAUACCCGGCAUUAUUGUUAUUCCAUCUGGAAAAUCAAAUCUAAUAUGGAAUGGUGUUCACUUUAUUUCUCAAGGUCCUUAUGAAGGUGGUGUUUUUCGUUUUCUAAUUAUAAUACCAAAUACAUUUCCUGAUAACGAUAGCCCACAAGUACUUUUUACAUCAUCAGUAUAUCAUCCUCAAAUAAAUCAAAAUACAGGUGAACUUGAUAUAAAACGAUAUUUUCCUGUAUGGAAACGUAAUGGACAUCAUCUUUGGCAAGUUUUACGUUAUAUUCGACGUAUAUUUCAAAAAAUUGAAAUUACAAACGCGGUGAAUUCUGAUGCGGCUCAUCUAUAUGAACAUGAUCCAGGAGCAUUUCUUUUAAAAGUAUCUGAAUGUGUCAAUCAAUCAAAAGAUAAUCUUUAUAUUUCUGAUUCAACAACUGCUGAUGAUCCACAUGCUAUUGUAAAAUAUUUUCUCAUAUUGGUACGAAUCAAAAAGAGGAUAGCACUUCGUCAAGCUUUUGAUAAUAUUCAUGGUUUAUCAUGGAUGAAGCCAGGUGUUUAUCAAAUAUUAGCACGAGAAGAUACUUUACCAAGUCAUCAAAAUUAA